AUGGGAAAUCCACUAUCAUGUUUUUGCAAAAAUUAUGGUCCUGACAAUAAUGAGAUGGUCUGAGUAGCCAAGAAUAAAAGCCUCCAAGAUGAAGAAUACCAGAAUGCUUACCUAAAAAUUGACAAAGCUGGUAGCAACCUUAGAGAUCAAAGAAUGCAAAAUGCCCAGACUCAUCAUAAAAUAGCAAGUAAUGCUAAAGAAAGAGAACAAAGAAUAUUACAGGCUAAGCAAGCUAUAGGAACAAUGAGAGAAAGGUUGAACCCAAGAAGAGAGGAUGCCUGGAAAUUUGGAAGCAUGUCUAUAGAGGAGACAAAGUCAGAUUUUAAUGGGAGAUGGAAAGAAGAGUCUAAGCAAGAGGAGACUAAGCAAGCUGAAAGAAGGGGUAAGAAGGAUGUAGGGAAUGGAUUAAGAAAUAAGCCAAGACAGGAGCCAAAUAAAGUUCACACGGGGGAUCAAGAUAAACAGGCAAAGGAAAACAUUGCAGACUAUGACUAUCUUAGUAUGAUUUGAAAAGAAGUCACAGGUCAAUCCCAAAAAUAUACCUCAAAGUCAAAGUUUGUAAUAGAUCUAUCAGUUGGCUAUCACUUAGAAUUUUUAUUUCAAAUCAGAAAAAGAAUGCCUGAUUUAGAUAAAUUCAUUAUCAAGAACAUCCCUAGCGAUAGGAAAGGAGACGUUAAAGUCUUCUUGCAAAACUACUUUCCUCAAAGUCUAAACACCUUUUGCUUCAACAUAGGAGCUGAUAAAUAUGCUAUUGGAUUGUACAUGAAUGAAUUGAAGAUGUGAUGCCAAAGAGUCCUAAAGGAAAUCCGCAUCCAUGAUUUUGACAUUCGUCAGAAAAACUUCGUUUCUCUUCUUUCAUUAUGUAAGACCAAGGAUAGUCUUAUAUUUAUAAACUGAACCAUAUAUCUUUCUUCAGUCCCAAAACUUGAGAAGAUACUCAUUGGAAGCACUCUGAGGAAGCUAGGUUUGGCUAGAUGAGGCUGUAGCACUAAUGAGAAUCGAGGAACGUUCAGGAGUCACUUCCAAAACCUAAUGUCUGCGCUUUCCAAAUGCAACGACUUUAAAAGAAGCUUUGAAGAGCUUUACAUACCUGGAUGAGGAGUUAAAUCAGAUGUUAUUUCACAGAUUUUAAAGGACAACGGAUUUGCCACGGUCGAACUUUGAAUCAGCUAAAAUUAUGAUCUACUUACAUUUGAUUGGCCAAUAUAA